UUUAAAAAUAUAAGAAGAAACAAAAAUGUCCAAUCUAAGACUACCACCUUUGCUAAGUAUAAAAGAUGUGUUGAAAAUAUAUAGAUUAAAAGCAAUAAAACAUCUUUCACAAAACUUUAUCUUGGAUAAAAAUUUGUCAGAUAAAAUAGUUAAAAGAGUAGGAAAUCUUGCUGAGUGUCAUGUAUUGGAAGUUGGUCCUGGUCCUGGUGGAUUGACACAAUCUAUUUUGACAUGUCAACCAAGAAAGCUAACUGUUAUAGAAAAAGACACAAGAUUUAAACCUUCGUUAGAAAUGUUAGCAGAUGCUUUUGCAUCUGUUAAUGGUGAAAUGGAAAUUAUUUUUGACGACAUUAUGAAGAUAAACAUGAGCAAUAUUUUCUCUGAAAAUGAAAUAAAAGCUUGGACAGAUAAGGGUCCAAAAAUCAGAUUAAUUGGUAAUUUACCAUUUAAUGUAUCAACACCUUUAAUAAUAAAGUGGUUACAUAGAAUAAGUGAAAAAAGUGGUCCUUGGGCAUUUGGAAGAACUAGAAUGUUAUUAACAUUUCAAAAAGAAGUUGCUGAACGUUUAAUAGCAGAACCAAUGGACAUACAAAGAUGUAGAUUAUCUGUAAUGGCACAAGCUUGGACACGUCCAAUAUUGCAUUUUAUUAUUCCAGGUUCAGCCUUUAUUCCUCAACCAAAAGUUGAUGUUGGUGUUGUAUCAUUUGUACCUUUAAUUGUUCCACGAACAAGACAUGAAUUUAAAAUUUUUGAGAAAGUAACACGACACAUUUUUAGUUUUCGUCAAAAAUAUAGUAUACGAGGUAUUGAGACAUUGUUUCCUUUGGAACAUCGAACUGAAUUAGCAAAUAUGAUGUUCAAACUUUCUGAUUUAAAUCCUGAAAUAAGACCAGUACAACUUACAGUGGAAGACAUUGAUAAACUUACUAGUGCAUAUAAAUACUUAUUAGAAAAGCAUCCAGAUAUUGAAUUUUAUGAAUAUCGUACAUCUCGACGCAUAGUGUCAUUGUCUUAUGCAAAGAAUAUAGAAGUCAUAGAAUGUACUGAUUAA